AUGAGCCAUGGCAGCACCACGCUGGUGCCCGUUCUCGUCGUCGGCAUGCUCGUCACCGGUUGCGCCAACUCGCUCCUCACAAAACUGCAGGACAACAUCUGUGUAGCCGACUGCGAUAGUGUCCAUCCCAAGCUAUUCGAGCAGCCAACAUGGCAGAGUGCCAACAUGUUUGCAGGCGAGAUACUCUGUUUGCUAGCCUUCAGCAUCCUCACAUCACUCGGGACAAGCAGACGAGGCGUUGCGUUGGGCGAAUCCGCCCAUCUAAGCUCAGAUGAGCCUGGACCGACCGAUCCGAUGCUCAUCAAGAGUCCUUCGAGUGCGCCUGUGGGAGGACACGGCGCUGCUGUCACGCCCAUUGCCGCCUCACUGGACGCGAGUUCGCAAGCUGAUCUAGCGGACGGCAAGUUGCUCACCGGCCCGCGACGGUUCCUCUUCGCUCUGCCUGCCUUAUGCGAUAUCUUGGGCACGACGCUGAUGAACGUCGGUCUGUUCCUGACACCCGUCUCAAUAUACCAAAUGCUACGAGGAGCGCUCGUCCUCUGGGUCGGACUGUUCUCAUAUCUCUUCCUAGGACGCAACUUGACAAAGAGUCAAGUCGCAUCGCUCUUUGUGGUCAUGUUGGGCGUCGCUAUCGUCGGCCUUUCCAACGCUCUCAGCGGUAAAGGCGCAAUAGAAGAUGCAGAAGCAGGCAAGAGUCUCGUGGGCGUCUUCAUCAUCCUAUUCGCACAAGUCUUCACGGCAUCGCAAUUCGUCAUCGAAGAAAAAGUCAUGACGGUCUACGUCGUUCCGCCGCUCUUUGCUGUCGGGCUAGAAGGCUUCUUCGGACUGAUCAUGACGUUGAUCCUCAUGCUAGUACUCUGGGCAGCGAUUGGGAGACAGCCAUCCCACCAGGGAGGCUACUUCGACCUGCCUGCUGGCUGGCACCAGAUCGUCGCAGACCCUCAGAUCCUUGGCCUCUGCAUCGCCAUCAUGUUCUCGAUCGCGCUCUUCAAUUGGACUGGUCUCAGCGUCACGAGGCGACUAUCGGCGACUGCUCGUAGCUUGAUAGACACAUCUAGAACAGUGGGAAUUUGGGCGGUCAGCGUACUCGUCGGUUGGGAAGAGGUCCGAUUGCUUCAGAUCGUUGGCUUCGUGUUCAUCGUCUACGGCACGAUCGUGUACAAUGGCAUCACGAGCUUCCCCUCAUUCCUCCGCCUCGGACCCACUUUGCCGGAAGAGACGAAUCCCUACGAUCCUGUAGGACGCGAAGAAGACUGA